AUGGCUUCUAACAAUGAGCUUCCCCGUAUCCGAGCAUGUCUCUUUGACAUGGACGGUCUGUUGAUUGACUCAGAGGAUCUGUACACUGUGAUCACCAAUGAAAUUCUUCAGAAGUAUGACAGGCCUCUGCUUCCGUGGUCAAUCAAAGCACAGAUGCAAGGCCGCCCCCAGCCAGAGGCCGGCAAGAUCUUCCACGACUUUGCCCAGCUUCCCAUUAGCGACGAGGAAUUGAAUCAACAACGAUUCGCUCUGCAGCAAAAGUACUUCCCGCGCUCCCAGCCGCUUCCCGGGGUAGAAACCUUGCUGUCCAACCUCAAAUCCACGGCGUCAACCAACGAGCCUGUUUACAUUGCACUGGCCACAUCGUCGCACCACACCAACUACAAAUUGAAGACCGACCACCUCACUGAGCUUAUGUCUGUUUUCCCUGAAGUGAACAAGGUCCUCGGUGACGACCCUCGGAUUGGGAAGGGUCGAGGCAAGCCUCUGCCAGACAUCUAUUUGCUUGCCCUAGAGACCAUCAACGUUGAGCUGCGCCUUCAGGGAAAGACUGAGAUCAAGCCUGAGGAGUGUCUUGUUUUCGAGGAUGCCGUCCCCGGAGUAGAGGCAGGUCGUCGUGCCGGUAUGCAGGUCGCUUGGGUCCCCCAGGAUGGACUUCUCGAUGCCUUCAAGGGUCGAGAGGAAGAGGUCCUUGCGGGAGCCACUGGCUCGCACAAGGAAAGCGAAAAAGCAGAUGCUGAGAAAGAAGCUGAGGAGCUUCAGGCUUGGCGUGUCAAGGGCGCUGGGCAGCCUGGCAAGAUUGGCGAUGGUUUCGGCCAACUUUACUCCUCGUUGGAGAAUUUCCCGUAUGAGAAGUACGGGAUUCGUAUUCCUUAA